CAGAGGGCUGAAAAUAAAAUGGCGACACCCAUUGACCAAAAAUUGAGCAGUGCUAUAUUCAUGAUAUUGCAGGACUGGAAUUAAUUGAUGCAUUCAAAGCACAUAAUUUUACUCUCUGCGAUCAAAUUUACGUGAUUGGUAUCCUACAGCAAUUGUUGACCAGGUUUUCAUCAGGAUUUAUGUCAUAAACUAUGGCAGAUGGUCGUAAAUACGAGCCUCACUGCUGGCAAGACGUGACAAUUGACUCUGGCCCAUAUGAAACCGUGCAUCGCUGGAGACAGAUGCCCGAGUGUGAUGAGUUUGUUGGCGCAAGGAGGAGCAAGCAUACCGUUGUGGCAUACAAUGAUGCUGUCUAUGUGUUUGGUGGUGACAAUGGGAGGAAAAACAUGCUGAAUGAUGUACUGAGGUUUGAUGUGAAUGAUAGUUCAUGGGGAAGGGCAUUUACCACUGGAAGUCCGCCAGCGCCGAGGUAUCACCAUUCGGCAGUUGUUCACAAUGGCAGUAUGUUUAUUUUUGGUGGCUAUACUGGUGAUAUAUAUUCCAACUCUAAUCUACGCAAUAAGAACGACCUGUUUGAAUAUAAGCUCUCCAACGGACAAUGGAUCGAGAGAAAAUUUGAGGGCAGGUUACCACCUGCUAGAUCAGCACAUGGAGCAGCGGUCUGGCAGGAUAAACUCUGGAUAUUCGCUGGAUACGAUGGGAAUGCAAGGUUAAAUGACAUGUGGUGUGUAUCUCUUAAUGGAGACAGCAAGUCAUGGGAGGAGGUACAGCAAACUGGCGAUCACCCUCCAACAUGUUGUAACUUCCCUGUGGCUGUUUCAAGAGAUAGUAUGUUCGUCUUCUCAGGGCAGAGUGGAGCCAAGAUCACCAAUGACCUCUAUCAGUUUCAUUUCAAGGAAAGAAGAUGGAGGAAGAUACCAUCAGAUCACAUAUUGAAGGGAACUCCGCCCCCUCCUCAGCGUCGCUAUGGUCACAUCAUGGUGUCACAUGACAGACAUCUCUACGUUUUUGGUGGAGCAGCAGACAACACGCUACCAAACGAGUUGCACUGCUAUGAUAUAGAUGAUGGGACAUGGAGUGUUAUUAAACCAUCUUCUGAUAGUCAGUGCCCGUCAGGCCGACUUUUCCAUGCUGCCUGUGUGAUAGGGGAUGCCAUGCUGAUCUUUGGAGGGACCGUGGAUAACAACAUCCGCAGUGCCGAGAUGUACCGCUUCCAGUUCUCAUCCUACCCACAAUGCACCCUGAAAGAUGAUUUUGGAAAACUCCUCAUCAAUCGACAGUUUACCGAUGUGGAAUUCAUUGUUGGAGAGAGUGCUGUAGUGAUCCCUGCUCAUGCAGCAAUUAUAGCCGCUAGAUGUCAGCAUCUGAGGGUGAAAAUAGAACAAGCCAAAGAGAGGCAGCUUAAUGUCGACCAAAGUAAUGAACAGAACCCACCGGACCAAGAGGGUGAUGAAUCCACCAAUGGUGCUACAAGUUCUAAAAAGAAUAUCCCCUGUAUAGCCCAGGUACAUGUGAUAGAUGCCAGACCAGAGGCAUUUGAGGUCUUGUUGUGGUUUCUCUACACAGACAAGGUUGACAGCAAACUUCAAGGUUUCGAUGAUCGGAACACAGAUUUUCUUUUGCUGCUUAUGGAUGUCUAUCGCCUAUCUAAGCAGUUUUCUCUUCGCAAGUUGGAGUACAUGUGUGUCCAUUACCUCUGGGUUUCAAUCGGUCACUGCAACGUUCUUCAGGUGCUGCAGUACUCGGACAGGUUACAGCUUGAUUUCAUCAAAGAGUUCUGCCUUAACUUUGUUGUGAAGGAGAGCAACUACAAUGGCAUCGUGAUGAGCAAGGAGUUUGAGCAGUUAGCUCAACCCCUCAUGGUGGAAGUCGUGAGAAGGAGACAGCUUGCGGCAGGAAGACCGUACCAACACGAUAAGAUGCCACAAUUUGACAAAGAUUCUAUGACCACCUUACAACAUGACAUGGAGUCGUUUCUAAAGAGCAAGACGGGCACAGACUAUUCUUGUAUCACCCUGAUGCUUGAUGGCACACCCAUUCCUGCUCAUAAACCCAUUCUGGCUGCAAGGAGCUCUUAUUUUGAAGCAAUGUUUAGAUCUUUCAUGCCAGAGAACAACAUUGUGAAUGUAACGAUAGGAGAUACCAUACCUUCCAGACAAUCCUUUGACUCUCUUCUGAGGUAUAUCUACUACGGUGCCAUAGGAAUGCCUGCCGAAGAUUCACUCUACUUGUUCUGUGCACCUGACUUCUUUGGUUUCGCCAAUAAUCGGAUCCAAGCCUUCUGCAAGGAGAACCUGGAGGUGAACAUCUCCAUCCAGAACGUGGUCCAGAUACUUGAUGCUGCUGACCGGGUCGGAGCCAAGGACAUGAAAGACCAUGCCCUCAAGAUCAUCGUCAGAAGCUUCCCGAAGGUUGCUCACAACCCCAAGAUGCGCCUCCUCAGCAAAGAGCUCCUUCACGAGAUCAUCACGUCCCUUGCUAGGCGCAUGUCCGAGCUCAAAGUUCACUUGGGGCAGGACCUCUCACCCCAGGAUCAGGGAACAUGGAGUGGAUCACGCCCGGAGAGAUACGCCAUGGAAGGCUGGGGCUAGUACCGAUGUGGAGACAACUCUUGAGGGGGAUGAACUUGGACUCUUGGUAUAGUUCGUCUUCAUGAUGUGGAUGCUAUUUCCUCAAGCUGGAAUUGCCCAUUCUUUUUAUCAUUGUGUACGUCAUUCGUAGCAUUUACAGUAGAACCUGCUUAUGAAAUGUUCACCUUCCAUAAGCUGAAUAGUGGUUGAAACUUUUUUUUAAACUGGAAUAUGAAAAACAUGUUAAUUACAUCUUCUGAGUCAAGUUAUGUUUUAAGUUGAACAGGUUUCUGUUUCCCCCCGAGAGUCGACGUAGGCAGAUUUGCCUGUAUUUUGUAUAUAUAAUUUAUUAUAUUUAAUGGGAAGUUCACACUAAUGUCUAAUUGGUUUUAAUAAAAGGAGAUAACCUUCCUCUAUCCCUAAUUUCAUCAAAUUUUCAAAAAAUUGUGGAGGUUUAACAAAAAUCUGUUUAAAAAAGAUGAAUUCUUGACUGCAUACAAAUUAAAUUCACGUCUUGGCAAUUUCCUUCAUGGAAACAUUUUACACAACCACGCAUGCAUACAUUAGCUAAGUUUGAAGUUUAUCCCACAUUUUUUAAUUAAUUUUUUUUCAUUACUUUUUUCUGUUUUUAUAAAAACCAACUUGACAUCAGAGUGGACUUUUCCUUUAUGAAUUAUAGUUGUUAUUUUAUGCUAGCAUUCUUGCCAGCAUUACGAGAAUCCUGUGUUUAAAAAAUACCCCACCAGCUUAUAACACAGGAACUCCAUUGCCUUGCGUGUUGUGUCAAUGGGAGCUCAGGUGGGGUAUUUGAAACCCCAAUUUCAGAUUUUGGGAGAGCUUCAUUUCUCUCGUUUAAACUGGGGUGGGGUUCAUCUGACUGCUGAUAAUGUCUUGCGUGUUAGUCAAUGGGAUCUCAAGUGGGGUAUUGACACCCCACUUUCAGUUAUUGGGAAAGUUUCAUUUCUCUCGUUUAAACUGGGGUGGGGUCGAUUUAGUGACUGCAGCUGCUGAUAAGAGCUGAUAAAACACUGUGCAUGCCACCACAUCAGGCUGAUGAACGACAUGGAGUGGGAUUGCAGCUGUCCUUGUUACGUAAUAGUAUAAACAAACUCUUCAGAGCUUCCUGGCUGACAGUAAUCUUGAAAGAAUAUAUUUGUAUUCUAUUUGUUUUAGGACAUUAGCAUGUCUAAAAAAGAUUCAAAAUUUAGAUGGAGAUCGAACUGAAAUUUUCAACGAUGCAAAAUGACCCACAAUUGCCGAAAUAACAAUAAGUUUUUAAAAAAAUCACCCCCAGUUAACUCCCUCUCUCACCCUCUCUUGCUCUCUCUCUCCCUCUCUGCCAGGCCUUAUGAAGGUCACUUCUCCUUGGGGGAAGGUGGAUUAGCUGGGAGAGUGCGUGGUUGUUUACUUAGGGAUAACCAUUCCUAGUUGAUAUUGGGAUGGGGGGGGGGGGCGAGUGAAAGUAGCUUGGAAUUUGAAAUUGGGGUGUCAGAGGAGAUCCAUUUUUAAACACAAAGUUUCGUAAUGAGAGGUAUCUACAUGUAUAAUAGUCAGGCAGCAUAUGUCAUGAUUUACCGGCUACUUCGACAAAUUGGCUAAGUCUGAUUUUUCACUUUUAUGUGAUUGUGAAAAAUCAGACUUAGCCAAUUUGUCGAAGUAAAUUACAUAUGCUGCCUGACUAUGAGAUGAGGAUUUCAAAUUGUCACUUCAAAAGAAAACAACUCAGAGGACCCCCCCC